AUGUUCUUCUCCGGCGAUGAGUCGAAAUCCGCCAAGACCAGAUUCGAGGAUUCCCUAAGAGACAUAUGGGACUCUCUUGACAGCCGUGACGCGGUAUAUCGCGUGCCGUGCAAGCUGAAGCUCGACGAGUCAAGCAAGCAGAUCGAUGUGUUUGGUCUAAUCACAAAGUCACCUUUGCUAUGUACGUUCAAAGUACUCUUCGAAGAGCAGCUACUCAGCGACGUCGAACUGUUCACCCUGGCUCGGAAUUCACAAAAGGUGUGCUACGACGGAAGUCCGCUCGCGGUCCCGGAUGCCACGUUCUGUAUCAGAAAGAUAAAGGAUUCCUCGUACGAGUAUUUCCUGGACUUUGGCAUCGCACUUUCAAACUCCUCGUAUCCGAACGUGAGAGCUGCUGAUCUGACAGUGCAGCCUUUAUUUGGGCGAAUUCUGCGGAGGGCGUUCCCCUCAAUCCCCCGCGAACGGAUCGAUUUGCUGCUGCCGGAUAAUGAGCUUCGGAAAGCAUAUCAAAAGGGAGAUACUCUGACGGUACCAGGUCCUCGAGUACGCCCAAUUCAGUUUUACCAAGCAAUCUGUGGCCACAAGUUCCCAGAGCCUGCCAAACUCUUACAGCACCCUUCCCUGCAUACCCAGAUGUUGGACUAUCAGCAGCAAACGAUCCAAUGGUGUCUUCUACAGGAAGGAAAGGCGGUCUCGAAAGAGAAAAACGCGCUGGUCGACGCUAGUCCGGCUGACAUACCUUUCCCUCCUUGGGGCUGGUCACAAGUCUACGAGCGGGGCAGAAAUAUCUGGGUCGCGCCCGAGCUUGGGUUAGUGUGCAAAUCUGAGGCUCAGCUGAGGCAGGAAUCGUACCGGCAGUUGGUCGAGGGUGGCGCAAAGGGACUGAUUGCCGAAGAAAUGGGUCUUGGGAAGUCUUUGGAGACAAUUGCUCUGAUUCUCUUAAACAGACGGCCGUUGUCUGACACUGGUCAGCUCGUUCUGGAUCCAUAUUCAGGGGACUAUGUGCUCAAGGCCAAAACCACUCUGAUCAUCACUCCAGAUAGUAUUCAUGAGCAGUGGAAAGAGGAGUUCAACAGACACUGUCCAGGUCUGUCGCUGUAUGUCUACAAGGGAGCCACGCAAGCCGCUGGCCACGUCACGGCCGAGUCAAUGGCAGAAUUCGACGUCGUCCUCACAACCUACAGGAUAAUAGCCAAGGACCUGCACCACGCCCUCAAGCCCCCCAGCCGCAGCAUGCGCAACGAACGAAAAUACGAGCGCAUAGUCAGUCCGCUCGUUCAGAUCCAGUUCUGGCGGGUGCUGCUGGAUGAGGUACAGCUUGUUGAGAGCGGCGUCGGAAACGCGGCUCAGGUCGCCAGAACUAUCCCGCGCUUUCACGCUUGGGGUGUCUCUGGCACACCCGUCCGAACCGAGCUUUCUGAUCUUGCGGGCUUGCUCCUGUUUUUACGGUAUAUCCCCUUCACGCAAGGCAGCAGCUCGAAGGUCUGGCAGAGGCUGUGCCGAGAUGUACCCGAGUUUUGCGAUUUUUUUCACAGGAUAAGUGUUCGACAUACCAAGGACAUGGUGAAAGACAGCAUCGCACUUCCUCCGCAACGACGGAUAGUGCUAAAAAUCCCAUUCACCACCGUCGAGGAGAACAACUAUCGCCAUCUAUUCCAGCAGUUUUUGGACGACUGUGGAUUUAAUCCCGAAGGAGGACCCGCAAGAGAUGACUGGGAUCCUGCAGAGGAAUUGCCCAAGAUGAGUAAAUGGCUAGUUAGACUGCGGCAGACCUGCUGCCAUGCGCAGAUUGGCGUCGGCAAUCGGCGCGCGUUGGGCGGUGGGCCUUUGCGCACGGUUAAAGACGUUUUGGAAGCAAUGUACGAGAAUGCGCACUCUGCGGUGCAGACGGAUGAGCGGUUGCUGUGGACCUCGAAAAUUCAACGGGGGCAGCUGUUAGAGCAGGCCGAGAAGCGAGACGAGGCUCUGGAGCUUUUGAUCGAGGCCUGCGACGGCGUGCGCAAGGUUCUUGCGCAAUGUCGAAAGUCACUGGCAGAAGAAUCUGAAAAGGUUCGAAAGAGUGGAGAUGAUCAAAAGUCGGAGACUGGCUCACUUUCGCCAGCACCGCAAUCCAAGAAGGUGAAUUCCGAUGACUAUUACGAAGAUGAGCAGAAGCGGGAGGAGCGUUUGGAAAGAGAAGAGGAGGAAAAGCUGAAAAGUCGCGUGCUCUCUGCGCGGUUACGAGUGCGCACGUUUUUGGAACUCGAGCAUCGAUGUUUGUUUUUCAUUGGUAGUAUAUAUUUCCAAAUGGAAAAUAAACAACUGGAAGAUGAGUAUUAUGCGCUAGCGCAAACAGCUCGACAAGAGCUUCUACUCGAGUCUCAACAAAAAGCGCAGAAACUCAUGGAUUCUCUGACUAAGAUGGCAAAGAAGAAGAAGAUGGUGGAGAUACCCGACAUCCGAAAAAUCGAUCCGUCAAACUCCCCCAUUGAGAUCCGUCCUGUGGCAGAUGCCGCCCGUGCUCUCUGCGGUAUUUUGAAUGCACAAUCCGACGUGCUGGACGAAUGGCGCGAAAAAGUCGUUUCGCUACUGAGUCAGAAUCUGGUUGAUAAAGACUCAGAACCUGAUGGCGAAGAGUACGGCGAGUCACUGGACGCUCAGGAGGAAGGGUUCUCGUACCAAGAAGCUAUUCGACAGACGCUUGCUGAUAGACACGAAGCUGUGGAGGGAGUUCGGAAUAGUCUUGUCCAUUACGAUGUUUCCCGAGAAGACGCGCUAGAUCAGCGUACUGAUCUGGAUAAGCGCUUGACUGAUGAGCGCAAGGCCGUGAAGCCACCUCCAGAGCUACGGUCGCUGAAGCAUUUGGUUGAAGACAUGCGGCGGCAUGUGACUCAGCUGGCGUACGAUGCAGAGGAUGCGUCGGGCGAGAGGCGGCAUAGGUUGGAGAUAGAGCACAGUCUAGCGGAUAAAGAGCUAACAAAGCUGAGGGAUAUCAUGAACGGUCAGAAAAAAGCACUGGAUAACCUGGACAAAGAGCUGCUGUUUUUCAAAUCGGUUUACAAUGCGCGGAUUGAGUAUUACAAGCAGCUGCAGCAGAUCUCGGACGGCGUGGCGGUUUUUGAACCCAAAGAGCCAGAGAAAUUCAGUAAGACUGCGUCUGUGCAAGAGACGAAGCUGGUGGAUAAGAUCGACGGAGGAUACGCGAGACUGCGAUAUCUAGAGCAUUUGAGGAAUUCGAUGCUGGGAAAUACAGGAUCUGUGCCCGAGAGUGAACGCACCUGUGUGAUUUGUCAGUCGCCGUUCGAGAUUGGCUCUUUGACAGUCUGUGGGCAUCAAUACUGUCGCGAGUGCAUGCUUGAAUGGUGGCGCUCUCAUCAUACGUGCCCGAUAUGCAAGAAAGUUUUGAAGAGUCGUGAUGUAUACAGUAUUUCGUACAAACCCUCAGAGAUCGAAGCCCACGAAGAACAGACGGCCAACCCCGACCCCGCCAGCAGCUCGCCCAAGGCAGCAGCGAGGGCGAUCUACGCGGACGUGAGCGAGGAGGCGCUUAAUCAGAUCAAAGCCGUUGACCUGGUGCAGUCGUAUGGAUCAAAGAUCGACAUGAUUUUGAGGCAUAUGAUUUGGCUGCGCGAGACUACUCCGAACGUGCAGGUCGUGCUGUUUUCUCAGUUUACGGAUUUUUUGAAUUUGGUGGCGACGGCGCUGUCGAAUCAUGGGAUCCGGUACGCGACGGUGGAGAAUAAUAUGGACAAGUUCAAGUCUAAUCCGGAGUACAUGUGUUUUUUGCUGCACGCAAAGUCCCAGUCAUCGGGACUCACGCUCGUCAAUGCGACGCAAGUGAUAAUCUGCGAACCGCUGUUCAACACCGCUCUUGAGCUACAAGCUAUUUCUCGCGUGCACCGGAUCGGGCAAACGCGGCCGACGACGGUGUGGAUGUAUGCGAUCUCCGGCACGGUCGAAGAGUCAGUUCUCGAUCUGACGACUAAGCGACGGCUCGCGCUUCUUGGAACAAAAGACGGUGAGCAAUUAACGGAAGCAAGCCUCGACACGUCGAACUCGAUUCAGCUGUCGCGCACGGCGGGGAAGAUGGUGAACACCAAAGGAGGCGGAGGAGAGAUCGUGCCGCAGGAUGAGAUUUGGGGUCUGUUUUUUGGCAAGUCUGAUAUCCAUGAGGCGCAUCAGGAGAUGGAGCUGAUGGAUAUCGCGCUGCAGUCUGAGCAUGCGGAGCGGAAGCCGGAGUUGCAGCAGGUCGCGCUGGAGUAUCGAAGAGGGGUUAUGGCUGAUUCUGCUGAGCAGAGGGCUUCUGGUGGUUCAUAG